AUGGGAGGCAAAGACGGGGGGGCCACGAGCCUCGAGGCCACUCUGGGCUGCCUGUGGGUGGCCACGCUGGUCUUGGCCACAGUGUCGGCGGUGCUGGUGGGGGUGGGGGUGGCGACCAAUCAGUGGCUGCACACGGCGGAGAAGAUGGCCAAUCCGACGUACAACGGCACGGGGGAGAAGGACUAUCUGCGCCGUUUCGCCUUACUUGUCAAAUGUCAAAGCGACCUAUCCGAACGUAAUCGUUCGGAAGCCAGAGGGUUCAAAGAAGUCACUACUACAAAUAGGAUGAUGUGUGAUUGA